AUGCCCAUCGACAUCGCAACCUUAGAAGAGAGGUACAUUAAUUCCUGCAAGAAGCACUGCGUUUCACCUAAUGCUGCAAUUCUCUCUGUUCUCUUUAAGGCUGAGGUUAAAAGGUCUUGCAAUGAGCUCUGUAGCCUGGAGAUUUCAUUGGACCAUCUUAAGGAUGUGGAAUUCCCACCACUUCUUGAUUUAUGUAUGGAACUUGAUGCUUCCGAGGUUGAAGCAGUUGACAUACACAAUGAAUCAUUGCAUGUUUUGAAUUGGAAAUAUGCUCUGUUGUUGAUGCGUGCUAUCAAUCAAAAGCUUCGAGUUGUUGAUCUCCAAGAUUUGGCAUUUGGGAAGGAUUUCUUGAGGGAUCUUUCACAGAGAGGUUUGACAUGCCAAGUUUUAAACUUGAGAUCUUCACAUUUCCGGAAGCUAAAUAUGAUGGGAGAGUUCAUGCGGCUACAAACACUCAACCUUGACUUUAGCACUUCACUCACUAGUUUACAGGAGGAUUGCUUUGCUUGCAUGCCCAGUCUAAUGUGCCUCUCUCUGUGUGAGACAAGAAUUUUAAAUCUCUGGACAACGGUUGCUGCGUUUUCUAAACUCCCUUCUUUGGUUAACCUUCGGUUUCAGCAUUGGUCAUGCUGCAAUGAUGUUGGGCCUUAUUCUGCAUCUUCUAGUGGGAAGUUCCAUCACAAAACUUUUUCAAAUCAGCGAAAUAAUGGUAGAGCAUCAUCUGUUAAUAUUGGGGAACUAACAGACCUGUAUUCAAGCACAGAAGAGGUGCUCAGGAAUAUGUUUUUGCUUAAUAAUGUGGUUAUCAAUGAUGAUGAAAGUGGGCUUGAGGAUUCAGAUGAUAGUGAUCUAGACUUUACAAGUCCCCUGCGAGAACAUGGUUAUAUGGAGCGUUUGUCAAAUGAUUUUUCCGGGGGGAAUGGACAGAUCAAUCAACAGAAUGAGGAUUCUCUUGAUAACUUUCAGAAUCGAAAUGAGGCGGAGCCCUUAGCUGGUCCCUUUACAAAGUAUAUUGGAGACAAUCAAGUCAAAUAUAUUUCUUAUCAUGCUUCACCAAUAUGUUUCGAGAAAUACUAUAGAGAGUACAUGGUAGCCUCGUUACCUCGUUUGAGAAUUUUAGAUAACUUGCCGAUUAGAAAGAUUGAUCAGGAAACUGCCAGAUUGACAUUUUCAGAAUACUUUGAGCAUGUACCAUAUCAACGGAAGCAUAGAGAAAAUGUCGUUAGUGUGUUACAAAAGCGUGAAAUAAGAUCAAGUCAAAAUCCUGUACAAAGUCCUGGGAAAAAAGUAUCGAGUCUCUAUGGAAAGUCUCAAUGCUUCUAUACCAGGUCUCUUUCUGCUGCCAAAAUGGGAUCUUGUGCUUGGCCAUGCUUGCACCCGCUUGCUGUUUCUGGCCAUGACUUGGGAGGUGAAAGUAGGAGCUUUCGUCCUAGGCAGUUUGAGUAUCAUCCAUCCAACUCUAGCCUUAUGGUCUUUGGAACAUUAGAUGGUGAAAUAGUUGCAGUCAACCAUGAGAAUGGGAAAAUUGUCAGUUAUAUCCCAUCACUUGGAGCAAUGAAUAGUGUGCUGGGACUCUGUUGGCUAAAGAAGUAUCCCUCUAAGCUAAUAGCUGGUUCAGAUAAUGGCUCAUUGAAAUUGUACGACAUCCAUCAUAUGCGAACAGAAACAGGGAUAUGUAGUGGUGCUGGGUCCAUCCCCUUUGAUGAGUUUGACCAGUUGACAUCUGUUCAUGCUAAUUCCACGGAUGAGUUAUUUCUUGCUAGUGGAUACUCGAGAGACGUUGCCUUAUAUGACAUUUCUAGUGGAAAAAGGUUACAAGUGUUUACUGAUAUGCAUCAAGAGCAUAUAAAUGUAAUAAAGUUUGCAAACCAUUCCCCAUCUGUUUUUGCGACUUCUUCAUGGGAUCGGGAUGUCAAGAUGUGGGACCUAAGACAGAAACCAAUAAGCCCUUGCUUUACCUCUUCAAGCUCUAGGGGUAAUGUGAUGGUUUGCUUUUCUCCUGAUGAUCACUAUCUUCUUGUCUCAGCUGUUGACAAUGAGGUUAGGCAACUUCUCGCAGUUGAUGGGAGGCUUCACUUGAAUUUUGAAAUAGCUUCUACAGGAAGUAGUACGAAUUACACUCGAUCCUAUUACAUGAACGGAAGAGAUUAUAUUAUUAGUGGGAGUUGUGAUGAACAUGUUGUCCGCAUAUGCUGUGCUCAAACAGGGAGACGCCUUAGGGAUAUAUCUUUGGAGGGAGGAGGAAGAUCCAGGAAUUCUAUCUUUGUGCAAUCUUUGAGGGGUGAUCCAUUCAGAGAAUUCAACUUGAGUAUCUUGGCAGCCCAUAUGCGGCCAAGAUCGAAGUCUGAAAUUAUCAAGGUGAAUCUGCUAGCAUCUAGUGAUUAUGCCAAGGAACACUUUGAUGGUCAGCAGGCCUGCCCAACUAAUAGUAUGGGAGGUUGAUGUAUGUACCUGUUUUGUAGAAUAUGUAUACAUGUAUAUAGGUGCAUAACUACGAAUGUAUAAAACCGACGUCUUAGCCAAGAAACAUGCAAUAUAGAAUACAUAGGUCAUCAGCAGUCAAUUGCAUAUAUGAACUUAUGAUUGUGUAUUUGAACAAACUUUGUUACAUAGUUAUUUCAGUCAAUGAAAACCUUUCCAG